ACCUGCUUGAGGUUCCUAAUCCAUUAGUGAUUUUCUGCUUCAUGGACCAAGCCAGCCUGGCUGCUAAGUUUCUGGGGUCUUCCUCCCUCCUAUCUAUCCAUCCCAAAUUGUACAGAAACAAGGGCGAUGCAGAUUUGGUUGAGCAAGGGUCUUGCUCUUGUAAUUCACCCUGAUGCAACAGCACACUCAGAACUGCAUCCAGCAGAGCUUGUUUUUCCUGUUCAUUUUAUAUUAUGGCUGUUCCUGGGGGGUUUCUACACGUCAUCCCCUCCUCACCUUCUAUGUACGCAUGUACAUAUCAGUAUGUAUGUGUUUGCAAUUGUCUUUUUGAAGGGAUUAAAAGGGCUUAAGUACAGAAUGGGGCUCAGCAACUGAGAAUGUUAUCUAUUUCCAGAGGUUUUCCCUGCCUUCCACUGAGUUACCCUACUGGUACCUUUUUUUACUUCUGGCUUCAAAUGUAUCAGGAACAUAAAUAAGUAUUGUUGUAAUUUCAAUCUUUUAAUCUGGGAAGUCCCACUUAUCAUCAAGUAGGGUGCAGAGGAUCACCCCACAUGCUCAGCUCUGACCAAGGUCUGUCUGUGAAAAAUUAGCUUGAGACACACCUUUGUAAAUUUAUCACCCGGAGAUUUUAAAUCCUUAUCAACCAACUUAGUUAGUUUACUUUGAGUAAAUAGUAUGCCAGUGUAACUGAUAUUAAUGGUUCUGAACUACACGUGCUUGUGUAUAUAUAUGUACACACACGUGUGCAUAUGUUUCUGUACUUGGGUAAUAGGGGCCAUACAUUAAGAUUUAAUAAUAUUCAAUACUUCCAGCUAUAAUACUUCUUAUAGUUUAUAAAAGUAUCAAAAUAUUGUUUUUUCAGUCUGCUUUUUUUAUUUAAUAUUUCUUUAAAUACUGCAGAUUUUUCAAUUGCAAUGGUUCAGCAGUUCCAGGAGAAGGAUUAGAGAAUGCUAUAUUAUGAGAGAAUGCUAUAUUAUGAAUCUUUGUUUCAGCAGGUCAAGGACAGAACAAAGUACCAGUGAUACCUGUUCAAGGCAAUGCAGUCUAUUCUUUGUUGCCUGUUCUAGGAAUAAAUCUUUAUGACAGAAGGAAGAACUUCAAUCUGAGUGUGAAGUGCUAGGUUGUGUACUCACAUGACUUCAUCAUUAAAUAACUUUAUCAUUUACCACUUUUGGACUGUCUAAAUAUUUCCUAAUUGAGAGUACUAAAGCUGCUAUAUCAGGCCUUGUUUUGAUCAGGGGAAAAGGAACUCAUUCCAAACUCAAAGCUGGUGGUUGGAUAAGUGUGAGUGGUUGUGAUGUAGCUACACAUGGUCAAACAGUUAAAGUCCAGCCCGGUAACAAAUGUGGGGGAUUAUUGCAGAAGUUCUGAUAUCACAAAUGUAAAUCAAGUAUGAGCCAAAUGAACCAAGAGAAAGCAAUGUAACAGAAAAAAAAUAUCCAGUAACUGCAGCACAUGACAAUUUUGUGAGACCCCUGGAAAAGUACAAUCUCCUCAUUGAGACAGAGAGCUCUUCUGAGUCAAACCGUCUAGCCUGACAUACAGGGGAUAUGCGAGUAGGUUGCUAGACACUCCUCCAUACCCUGUGUAGCAUAUAGAAAAGGGAGAUGUUGAAAGUAAUUAAAAGCAGAGAUCUGUCAGAAAUGUCUUGAAGUAAACAGAAAGAUGGAAAGAAUAUUUUAUGGUCAGUAAACUUGAGAACAAAGAUACGAACAACAGGAUACAAUUUUUUUGGUUUUAUCACAAGGAGUGUGUAUAUUAGGAAGAUAAGAAUGUUAACAAUGGAAUAGUAGAGGGAGAUGGUAGAAUUAUCAGCAGUGCAAAGAAAACCGGAAUUCAGGCUUCAGGCCUUUUUCCCCAUCUUGCACAUGCAUGAGAAUAUUGGCAUUUCCUUCUUCAAUAAUCCACACCCACCCACCCAACUAUGUGUAACAAGAACAAAGCAGAUUAAUGCCUUAUAUUUAGUUUUUAGUAUUUUUUCUUCUGGGGUUAUGUUAGUUCCAAAGAGACAGUUAGACAAAAUCUCCUUGAUUUGUUACUUUUCACUAGAAGAGGUUUCUGUUGUUUUUUUUUUAAGUCUUAUUAUACUGUCUUUCUAUUUUACCAAUGGAAGCCCAUACUGCUGCCCUUUGGUUACAGCAGAAUUAGUCUAUGUAGUAUGGAGUUGUUAUGUUAAUAGUCUCACCACUCCUUGACUUAGGAAUGCCUUGAAGUUACCUAAAAUCACACUUAAUUCAAGGUAGGAUGAGGUAAAAUGCAAAUAGAAAUAUUAACUCAUUACAUCUAAAGUAGCAAACACAAUUAAAAGCAUCUUGAAAAGACAAUAGAUCGAAGGAAUAGUUCAUCUGAUUUACUGACACUGACACCUACUGACAAAAGUGCUUUUUGUUUUGGAUUUUUUUCCCUCCUUUUAAAUUUCCAUGUGACUUGUCCCUCUUCUGACAAAAUGGCUCUCAGAGUUUUCUUUCCUCCUAUUCCUCAGGUUUCUUUUAGGUGAUUUUCGUCAUUGGAAACCUUGCAUUACACAGAACUCCGUACUGGGUUCUCCCAUCAGAAAACGUCUUCUGAAGAAGCCUUCGGACUUCAUCGUAAGAAAGGCAGAUUUCCACUUUAGAGAUCACAUCAUACUCCUUCUUGUGAAAAUAAUAUGAACCAGAAAGUGAUAGUUUUCCUUCUCCCAAAUUUUAUAUUUGGGAUAUUUCUUUUUGGAUUUUUCUGUAAGAGACAAAAAAACGUAACAGGUGCUUUUCCUGAUCCUGCUGAAAAUUGGGUGGCAAUUCAAAAUGGUCGCAAAAGCACACUGGCUUCUGUCUGCCUGAAGAACAACCUUAAUAAAUUAAAAAGUAAAUUGGAUUCUCAUGUUGCAAACCAGCUCUUUGUGGAGCACAAACAUAAAUUUAUCUACUGUGAGGUGCCCAAGGUAGGCUGCUCCAACUGGAAGAGAACUAUUUUUCUUCUCCAAGCAGACUUGAAUGCAGAAGCUUCUGAAAUUGAGCACGACCACAUCCACCAAACAUCACUGAUCAAAAAGUUGGUGUCUUAUCCUCCUGCCAUACAAAAGGAAUUUCUAAACAAUUACACCAAAGUGAUGUUCACCAGACAUCCCUUGGAACGGCUGGUUUCAGCUUAUAGAGACAAACUUCUGCAUUCUGAGCCGUUCUACAGUAUCACUGUUGCUAAUGAGAUUAGGGCAAUGUUCAGGAAAAACAAAAAUUCCUCUGAAAAAGUGAGUUUCCAGGAGUUUGUCAACUUCAUUAUAGCAAAACCGCCAAAUACUCUUGACAUUCACUGGAAACCAAUGUUUCUGCUCUGUGAUCCUUGCAACAUUCACUAUGAUAUUCUGGGUAAGUAUGAAACUCUUGCAUUAGACUCUGAGCAUGUUCUGAAGGUCAUUGGAGCACCAGAGAGCCUGCAGUACCCCAGCUUGAAGAGAUAUGGGUCCGAGAAACGAACUAAUGGUGAUAUCACCUUGGAGUAUCUCAGACAAUUGACCUCAGAACAAAUUGAGAAGAUCAAAAAAUUGUAUCAAAUGGAUUUUUUUUUGUUCAACUAUACUAUGAAAUAUGAGGAUUAUUUUUCCCUGAAUGACUAAUGUAGGUUAAACAAAGAACAGUUUCCUUUGUACAAAAAUGGGCUGAACUUGUCCUCACAGGUGCUUGAUAGGUGGGUUGGUGACUGACUGCUGCUGAGAUUUUCCUGAAAUUUGUAGAUACGGUUUAUCAUUCUAAACACUCUUAUAAAAAACCCUGCCACGAUCUCUUGUACCGUACAGUACUUUACCUAUGAAAUUAUUGUUUUCCUGUUGAUCUCUAGUGGCAUAUGUCUGAUUUGUGAAAACUGUUUAUAAAUGAUAGGUUUUGGUCCAUUGAUAAGAGACAUGGGAAGGAUGAAGAAUGUUGUUUUUCACAAUGAAUAUUUUAGAACACCAUUUUUAUAUAAAUUAUUUUUUAUUAGAAAAAAGACAUAAGAAGUAAUAAAUAAUCUGCUUGAGAGUCAAACCACUCUUUGUCUGCAAGAGGCUUAAUCAUGAAUCCUGUAAAAAAGGAGCAAAUAACUUCAGAUACUCGAAGCUGCAUUACACAGAAUCUAAUACCUGAUUAUCUUCCCCUCUAGCAAUGCUCUCAUCACUGCCCACCAGCCUCAUCCCUCAAGCAGCACAGUUGUCAGCAGUCGAGACAAAGUUUCCAUCAUAGCUCUUAAAAAUUUUCUUAUGAGCAGAUCUGGUGUUCGUGGUGACUUUACAAAAUCUUUUCACCACUUUUGUGAGCAUUAUGGUCUGAUUUUAGAGGGAAAGUAUGAAAAAUGCACCUUUUUUAAAAAAAGAAAUAGUGAUACCUUGUAAACUGUACAAAUGGGGUGGUGCAGGAUCUAAAAUCUCAGUGGAAAGGUGACUCUUAUUUAAUUCUCCAAAAGCGCUUACCACACAGUCAAAUGACUGCCCAGUCAGCACAGUGGGGACAAUGUCUGAGGUUUCCUAUUUGUGCCUGUUGGAGCCCAUGAGCCCUUGGAACUUACCUGAGUAUGGCACUUAGGCAGAGCUGGGUAACCUUGGAUAAUGCGCUUGUUCUGCCUGUUCCUUUCUCACUUCACAGGAGAAUGAGCGCAAAUAAAUUGUGGAAUUGUGGUGAGGGGAACAAUGAAACAUGAGAGAAGCAACUCAAGCCAUUAGCCACCUCCUAUAUUCCUAGGUGACUUUCGUUUUAGAUCACUGAGAAGUCUAUGACUGCUACUAUAUUAAGCAUGAGAUUUGUCCCUUUUUGUUUUAAAUCUAUUGCCUAGUCACAUUCAAAGUUACUUUGUGGCCAUGUUAAUUGUAACAAGUUUUACAAACUAAUUGUGACUAUUAGUACCACUAAUAGUGGGGGUAUGUCAGUCUCUCAGGAGCUGUCAGUAUUUAGGGGAUGUCAGUCUCUCAGGAGCUAACCUGAAAAUCUCUCAAACGCACCGAGUUUCUCUCAGCUAUAUCUGCAAAUGUACAAAGGCUGUCAGGCUAGUCUUGGACCCAAAGUUGGUUCUCACUUUUCAUUACAUAGAAAAGGACAGGGACAAAAUUGCUUAAUCUGCACUGCAGACACUGAUUUGUAGAGCCUUUGCUGCAAGCAGCAUGGCUUAAGGAGAGGGAAAAGGAGACGGUGAAAAACAGAUGCAGUGGGAUUUAAGUUUUGAGGGUUGUGAAGAGACCUCCCAGUGUAGGGAGUGGGAUGCAGGGGUUAUCUACUUCAGAGGAAGGUGCAGUGAUAUAUUAGUCAUCAGCUGGAGACAGUGAUGGCCAGAGAAAGAAGCUGUCUUCAUCCCUCCUUGACGGCAGUGGUACACAAACCAGGACUACCAUUCAGUACAUCUGGCAGGCCUUGCAUUGCUAACUAUUUCAUAAAGGGGGCAGAUUUGGCACAAGGAGAGAUCCAAAGCGAGAAGACCAGCAAGAACAGUGAACAAUUAUUUUUUAAAACAUAGCCUAUGAUUUUAUGAGGAAUGAUUCAUGGUUCUGGAUCUUAGCCUCACCACCCCCAUAUCUGGUGUCCCCACAGCCCUAGUAUCCCCUGAUUACUGGAUUACUCAUGACACUCUGGCAACCCUGUAGUUCAUGUAGAUUUUUUUUUUUUACUUUUUAGUUUUACUGAGGCAGAGGAAGCUGGAAAUUACUCCCAUCAAAGUUGAGGCUAUGCAGAAGGACGCAGACUCUCUUUUUUUCCUGAAUCAGAACCAUCUCCAGCUACAUGCUUCUCCCUGCUUUCUUUGACAGAUCAUACAGAGAUAGAGGGGAAUAAGAUUUGCUUCAUAACUCACUUCUACAUGGUAGAGCUCUCCAGAGCUCUAAGUAUAUCUGAAGCUGUAACUGUAUCUAAAAAUACUUUAGUUUUCUGAAACCACCAGCCAGCCUAGGAAGACUCUGAAGAAAUUAUACUGACAGAGUUUGAUAGGUGUCUUUGCUGUCAGCACUCUAGUGUUAACACCCCCCUCCAGUUCCUUGCUGUUAGAUGUGAGUGGCUUUCUGUUCUUAUUUCCUCUUUCACACAGGAUCACGUAUUCUUCCCACAGCGGUGACAGAAAACUGAUGGCUAAUUCAUUCAUCACAAGUGCUAGUCAGUAACAAAAGUGUAUCUAUUGAAGCAGAAAAGUCCCCUAUUCACAAGGGACUUUGAGUUUUGACAUUUGCCAAAAGGAAACUGUAAGUAGCACAUUGCCUUGAAUCACUGGCUGCUGUAAUGCAGGUGUGGCUCUGAACAAAAAAAAAAACUGCAGAGGACAUGUGCGUGCAUGUGUGCACAUAUUAACAACAGUUUUAGGAAACAGCAACAUACAAGAAUGGUAUAAAUUGUGGAUUAUCAACAGUAACAAAAUGAAAAUAAUGGGUUGAUAUCUGUCGGAAAAUAGAAAAAAAUGCAUUCUUGAUAUUGUAAUGUAGUAAAAAUUGAUGUUGGCUCUGGACAUUGUCCUAGUCAGCCCACGAGAAUUGCAAGACACCUGUAAACUUUAUGAUGAAAAUUAUAACAUGACUGUCUCUUUGUGGCCUCGGAGAGAGAUUUCCUGUACUGUCUUCCCCAGAAGUGCACUGCCCAGAACAAGGCUCUAAACUGAGCUGGGCUCCUUCCUGGCUUUUGCCCAGAGAAGAACCUCCAGUGGAGCUUCUUUCCUUUGGAUGCUAACUCGGAGUAAUAUUUUCCUGGGAGAAAAAUGGGUGCUUGCUGUUGGGAGCAAGGGUGUAGGCAGCGUGGAAAGGCUCAGGGGUCCUGGGGUGGAUUUGAAGGGGUAGGGAGUGCCAUAAUUCAUCUUCAGAUUUAUUAUUAUAUGCCUGUGAUAUGACUAUUGUUAUAUUUCAUUGCUAAUUACCUUAAUAAAUUGUAGUGAGUUAACACAUUAA